UUUUGCCGUCCAGUCCUGUGGGGCCGCAGGGCUGAGAGUUUCUCCUCCGCUCCUCACCCCUCCAUCCCAGCCCACCUCCUCUCUCCUCCUCUCUUUGGGGAAAAGAAAAAAGACACUUUGCUUGAUUCGCCGUCCGGACCCGGCUGUUCUCCCCCUCGUUUUCUCGUCCUCUGAGGAUUUUAUUUCUCUUUUUUCGUUUCCUCCUCCUCCUCCGGCCUUUUUUUCUGUCACUGAUGAUCAAGAAUAAAAAAAAAAACCUUCUUAAAAACUUAAAAAAUUUUCUGCCCUGAAAAGUUGAAUUAAAUCUGCAAAUCAGACGAAAAGUUCUGCAGAAUUUUAAACUCCUCGUUGUUCUUCAUCCUCGCCGCCUUGUUUCAGACCUCGACGUGCGGGUGAAGAAAAUGUCGCCCGUUCAGAAGCCUCGCUCCGUCCUGUAGAUCACAUUUUUUCUGCUGGACUUUUUCUUCUUCUUCUUCUUGUUUUUGCGGCUGAGCUGCAGCAGCGACGCUCGCAGCAUCCGGGCCCCUGAGAUGUUUGGGAUCCAGGACAACCUGCCCCGUGGGGCCACGGCCAACAUGAAGGAGGAGCCGCUGGCCGUUCGCUCCUGGAUGCACUCGGCCGGUGUGGUGGACGCCAACACGGCUGCUCAGAGCGGGGUGGGGUUAGCUCGCGCUCACUUUGAGAAGCAGCCGCCGUCCAACCUGAGGAAGUCCAAUUUCUUCCACUUCGUGCUGGCUCUGUACGACCGCCAGGGUCAGCCCGUUGAGAUCGAACGCACCGCCUACGUCGACUUUGUGGAAAAGGAGAAGGAGCCGACGGGAGAGAAGACCAACAACGGGAUCCACUACAAGCUGCAGCUGCUCUACAGUAACGGUGGCGCAACAGGUGAUCUUCACUUUACCUGUUUGUGUGUGUGUGUGCAGGCAAUCAUCUAUGAAGGCCAGGACAAAAACCCUGAGAUGUGCCGAGUUCUGCUGACGCACGAGAUCAUGUGCAGCCGCUGCUGCGAUAAGAAGAGCUGUGGAAACAGGAAUGAGACGCCGUCAGACCCCGUCAUCAUCGACAGGUUUUUCCUCAAGUUUUUUCUGAAGUGUAACCAGAACUGCCUGAAAAAUGCAGGAAACCCACGAGACAUGAGGCGAUUUCAGGUGGUUGUGUCAACGACGGUGAAUGUGGAUGGUCACGUUCUCGCCGUCUCCGACAACAUGUUCGUGCACAACAACUCCAAACAUGGCCGCCGGGCGCGGAGACUGGACCCGUCUGAGGCAGCCACUCCCUGCAUUAAAGCCAUCAGUCCCAGCGAGGGGUGGACGACGGGCGGCGCCACCGUCAUCCUCAUUGGCGACAACUUCUUCGAUGGCCUUCAGGUCGUCUUUGGCACCAUGUUGGUGUGGAGCGAGCUGAUAACCCCUCACGCUAUCCGAGUCCAGACUCCGCCCCGCCACAUCCCCGGAGUCGUCGAGGUCACGCUGUCCUACAAGUCCAAACAGUUCUGUAAAGGAGCGCCGGGACGCUUCGUCUAUACAGCGUUAAACGAGCCUACCAUCGAUUAUGGCUUCCAGAGGUUACAGAAGGUCAUCCCCCGCCACCCCGGAGACCCGGAGAGACUGCCGAAGGAGGUGCUGUUGAAGAGAGCAGCAGACCUGGUGGAGGCGCUCUACGGAAUGCCUCAUAAUAACCAGGAGAUCAUCUUGAAGCGAGCAGCAGACAUCGCUGAAGCGCUCUACAGCGUUCCCAGGAACCACAACCAGAUCCCAUCGCUGGGCAACACCGCCUCCCAUGGCAUGAUGGGAGUCAACUCUUUCAGCGGGCAGCUCGCCGUCAACGUCUCUGAGACAACGCAAGUCGGCUACAGUCGAAACACCAGCAGUGUGUCACCGCGAGGAUAUGUACCAAGCUCGACCCCCCAACAGAGUAACUAUGGCAACACAGUCAGCAACAGCAUGAAUGGCUACGGCAACACAGGCAUGCCAAACCUUGGGGUGGCAACAUCACCCGGUUUCCUCAACGGGUCAUCAGCCAAUUCACCCUACGGCAGUAAGUAUCAAGUUGUUCCCUCCAGUCCCACCAUGGCCGUCUCUAACUGUAACUCCUCGCAUGGAGUUUUUUCCUUCUCGGCUGCCGUCAAACAGAAGAGCGCCUUUGCUCCCGUCGUUCGGCCGCCAGCUUCACCUCCUCCUCCACCCAACUGCUCCGCCAACAACGCCAAUGGGCUGCAAGCCAUGUCCGGCCUCGUCGUUCCUCCCAUGUAGAAAACCUUCCUCCUCGUUCCUCACCUGUCUCCUCCCCCUCAGCCACGAGCACUAAUCACCUCAGAGGAGGAGGGACCUGUGGCCUAAGAAGGCGGGGCCUCCGGCAGCAGCCGGUCGUCUGCUACUGGGCCGAGCCUCUAAGAAGAACCUGAGAAGGACUUUUUGUAGAGCAGCUUUCUGCGGGUGCUUUCAGCUGUCUGUAAUUAUUCUGAUGUUAUACUCUAUGUUUGGGGGCGGGGUCAUUCGAUGUAAAAACUGUGAUGUCACAUCUGAGACUUGACUUCACUUAGUCUGCUUGUGAUGUAAUCUUAGUUGAAGAAAUGGGAAUCUAAAGAGGAGUGAGAUUAAAGGCUUCAAAUUACAGGACACAGUUAUCAGUGUGAUUCAGGCCUGUCAUACGUAGCAAUCGGGGUGCUGAUGGUGCCCUUCAUCAGCACCCUGAUGAGGAGCAGACAAUGACUGUGACAUGAUAAACACCUCUGAAAGCACCUGAGUUCAGGUAAACCUCAGUGGGGGGAGGCAAAACACUCCCUGUUUUUUAAAAUAAUCCAGGACAUCACAUCAUCAAACCUUUGCCAACCUUUAGCCAAACUGAAGUCUCAUAUUUGAAGAACGUUUCAGAAAAGAGAAAUGAACACAGAAGCAGCUGAUUUUAGUUGGGCCGAAGGGUCAAGGAAGGUUCCUGUUAUUUCUGCUGCUGCCAGACUCAGAACAGGGGGCACGAACAGGAAGUAUAGCGCUGAAAGGCUCCUUCCACUGAGAAUUCACUGAAAUCUGUUGCAGUAUCUGGCGGCGUCCACGUUGCCAUGAAGUGUUUAUUUUAUCAGAAAUUGCGGCAGGAAUAAUUUGAGGCCUUUAAUCGUUUCAGUAACCUCAGCACAUAAACUUCUGACCUCUGAAAGCACAACGAUAAAACAAUAAAUGAAAAAUAUCAGUUUGUCCCUUGAAGUCCCGCCCUUCUUAUUUUAGCCCCGCCCUUGUACGUCUGUAUUUUUUUUAUGCUUGCGCUGUUUAAAAAAAAAAAAAAUCCUGCAUCCUGAUACGCUACUGUGACUGUCUGUCUUCUUGUUCAGAGUUGUCUUUUUAACCGUAGCUCCUCCCACAACCCCAAAGCCCCUCCCAUUCAUUCAAGCCCCGCCCCGUGUGUUUUUCUCUGUGGGUUUUGUGAUUUUUGCCAAAGUUGUAGCUGGCUGAAUAUUUAUACGUCACUGUGGUUGAUCACGCUGCCCCGCCCGUCACCAAAAUCACGAGGGAAACUCUUUUGUAACAUACAGAUUAUAAAUAUGUAUUUAUAUCUGAGAUUGUUUUGUAUAAAUGUCCAAUCAUGUCGUCUUCAUGGGGUUUUAGACAUGUGUGUGUAUGUGGUGUUGCCACACUGAAAAACAACCAUUGUUUUGUAUUAAAAAACAAAAAUGAAUGUCUUCACACAUUUAUAGUGCUGUCAAUCAAAGCUGACGUCCAAUCAGCUCCACUCGUUUGGUUUCAGUUGUUUUCAAUGUAACUCUUGUUCAAUGACUGUUUGGCUGUUUGGAAAUGAUUUCUUCACAGUGAAUAAAGACAGCA